UGCACCGAGUGUGACAAAACGUUUGCGGCGAGCUCUUCACUUCGAGAACAUCUCAGAAAGCACACGGGAGAGAAGCCAUUUGAGUGCACCGAGUGUGACAGAACGUUUGCGGUGAGGUCUUCACUUCGAACACAUCUCAGAACGCACACGGGCCAGAGGCCUUUUGAGUGUAACUUGUGUGAAAAGAAAUUUGCGACGAGUAGUGCUCGGAACUCACAUAUGCCGAUGCACACGGAAGAAAAGCCACACCAGUGCACAGUGUGCGAAAAUAAAUUUGCACGUUCUCGACAAUUGAAACUUCAUGAACUCUGCCAUACUGGGGAGAAGCCAUUUGAGUGCUGUCUGUGCAAUAAGAAACUUGCAACGAGUAUAAGUUUGCGUCAUCAUCUGCGGACCCACACAGGAGUGAAGCCAUUCGAGUGUGCCGACUGCAACAAGACAUUUUCGGUUAGGUCAGCUUUGCGUUCACAUAGCCGUACUCACACAGGAGAGAAACCACAUCAGUGUAAAGUCUGCAGUAAAACAUUUCGGCACAGUUCAAGUCUGCAGAAGCAUGGCCGAACGCACACCGGAGAGAAGCCAUAUGCGUGUACCUUGUGCGAAAAGAAAUUUUCGCAAAGUGGGCAUCUGAAAUCACACCAUCGAACUCACACUGGAGAGAAGCACUUCGAAUGCACGGUCUGCGGCAAGAAAUUGGGAAGCGAUGAUUCUCUGAAAAUCCAUCUUUGGACCCACACGGGCGAGAAGCCUUUUGAGUGUACGCUCUGCGACAAGAAGUUUGCGAAUUCUAGUUAUUUGCGUGCUCACCUUGUCCGCGUCCACACAUGAGGCAUUCUUUGUAUGUACCGGGCGCUGCUUAUUUUUGCGAACCCUUGUGAACAAUGUGAACAGUUUUGACGUCUUUUUUUCGUCAGUGUCUUAUCUAUUGUACGAUCAAAUUGUGUUUUAGAUGAUUAAACUUAUUCAUCAA